AUGCUAUUAACGGAUACAUUUUCAGCUGCACAAGAAAAUUUAAUCAAAAAUUAUGGUACAUCAGGUUUAUGGUUUGCACAUACAACAGAUUAUUAUGAAACACAGCCUAAACCACGUGUACGACUUGAUGCAAUUGAAAUAGCUAAUCGUCAUAGAAAAUGUUUAACAACAGCUGAAAUUAGUGGAUUUGUUAGUAAUAGGACAAUAAAUGAAAAUAACUUUUCAAAUGAUGAGAUAAAUACAAAUCAAAAACAACAGUUGAGAUUAAGAACAUUAGAAGCACAAUGUAUAGCAGAAAAAUCAAAAUCACAAAGUGAUCAUUGGUAUGAUUUUGCUGAGAAUUUGAACUACAAACCUGUCAUAAAACCACCAAGAAUAGGAGCUGGAGAAAUUGGUAAGGCUAUGACACAAGAAUCUGAUUGGUUUCAACAUAAAUCAUUUGAUCAAUCGAAUGCUGAAGUGAACGGUCAUCAGAAAAAGUCAUCCACAUCAUCCAGUUAUAAUCGACGUAAUGAAGAGAAUAAUUGGUUUGCCCAUCCUCAGGUAACAGACCAGUUAGCUGAAACUUCACUAGUACGUCCAAGGGUAAAGUAUGAGGGCAUAGAAUACUCAAUGAAGAAUCGAGGUUUGGAUGAUUUACUAAACAUGAAAAUGCCUCCUGUUGAACUACAAAAAUCUGUUCUCUAUGGUUGUCCAACUGAAGAAGCUCAAAAUAAUGCACUAUGGUCAAAAACUGGAACUCAUAUGGCCUUGUGCUUGGGAAAACAACCAACAACUCAGGACUCACAAAUAUUAGAUACAGAUGAUGGUUCUCUUGUUCGGCCAAGAUCUGCAGCUGUUCGUGGAUCUGAUGCUGAAAAAUGGAGACAACUUGGUAGAAAUGGAUACAUGGGAGGUUCUAUGUUUCUAGGAACCAAACAAGGUAGUUUCUCGAACUCACAUAAUUCACUUCAAGGCCAUAGCUCAAAUACAAAACUCUAG